UAAAUAUGCGUUCAACAUAUUUUUUCAAAGAAGAACCAGAAACGGCCAAUUGAGCACGAGGGUCAUGUGUUUCCCGAAACAAUAAGUCGGGAAGACGACGAUAUGGUCGCACUCGGUUUUCACCCGGCCGCAGUUACAGGGGAAGUUGGGCUAGGACCCCUGAUAGGGCCCAUUGUUAUUUUCACCGAGGCCACGUAGCUAUCUAGCAAGAUUGCGAACUUGGUUUAGGGUUAUCAUUUGCAGCAGUAUGGAAUAUAUAAACUGACUCGACAUUGGAAUUCGACUCAGAAUUUUUGUUUGGGCAUCAGUCCAUUUAGAAAAUUAAGGCACCCAGCCAGUCCAACAUCCCCUCCCUCGGUCUCCCCAUCAUUCUAUCUUCCACUCCCUCACCCCCUCCCCCCCUUCCUCUCUAGCCUAGUCUCCCGAUCUAUCUUUCCUUUCCAUCCACCUUUUCCCUUUCCUCCCUGCCCACCCUCCGGCCUUCAAGAUAGAUUCCCUCAGGAGCAAGGUUGACCUGCUGAAGCUGCCCCUGGCCCUCUCCACCAAGUCCAUCUCCGAGCGCAAGAGCCAGCUGGGCGGAGUCGGGGGCGACCGAGGCUCGGGGGGAGGAGGAGGAAGGGCCCGUAAACCCUGCCCACCACCGGCCCGCGACAUGGACAACGAGUCACAGUACUCGGGCUACUCCUACAAGUCCUCUCACUCCCGCAGCUCUCGCAAGCAUAGGGACCGGAGGGACAGACACCGCUCCAAGAGCCGAGAUGGCAGCAGCCGCGGGGACAAGUCGGUCACCAUCCAGGCCCCCGGGGAGCCGCUCCUGGACGCAGAGUCCACCCGCGGAGACGACAGGGACGACAACUGGGGGGAGACCACCACCGUGGUCACCGGCACCUCCGAGCACAGCGUCUCCAACGAGGACCUGACGCGCCUCUCCAAGGAGCUGGACGAGUCGUCGCCGCUCGAGUGCAAGCGCUUCGUGGGCCCCGUGCUGGGGGGCUGCCUGGGCCUGUUCGCCCUCCUCACGCCCCUGGCCUUCCUGGUGCUCCCGCAGGUGCUGUGGCGGGACGCCCUGGACCCGUGCGGCACGCCCUGCGAGGGCCUCUACGUCUCGCUGGCCUUCAAGCUCCUCGUCCUGCUCAUCUCCUCCUGGGCGCUGUUCCUGCGGCCGCCGCGCGCCACCCUGCCGCGCUUCUUCGUCUUCCGCUGCCUCCUCAUGGUGCUGGUGUUCCUGUUCGUGGCGUCCUACUGGCUGUUCUACGGCGUGCGCGUGCUGGAGCCCCGGGAGCGGGACUACCGGGGCAUCGUGGAGUACGCGGCGUCGCUGGUGGACGCGCUGCUCUUCAUCCAGUACCUGGCGCUGGUGCUGCUGGAGGUGCGGCACCUGCAGCCCGCCUUCUGCCUCAAGGUGGUGCGCACGACCGACGGGGCCAGCCGCUUCUACAACGUGGGCCACCUCAGCAUCCAGAGGGCGGCCGUGUGGGUUCUGGACCAGUACUACAGCGACUUCCCAGUCUACAACCCGGCUCUGCUCAACCUGCCCAAGUCCAUCCUCUCCAAGAAGAUGUCUGGGUUCAAGGUCUACUCCUUAGACGAGAACAGCACCAACAACUCCACGGGCCAGUCCCGGGCCAUGAUAGCGGCGGCCGCCCGGAGGAGGGACAACUCCCACAACGAGUACUACUACGAGGAGGCUGAGAUGGAGCGCAGGGUCCGCAAGCGCAAGGCCAGGCUGGUGGUGGCGGUGGAGGAGGCCUUCACCCACAUCAAGCGCCUCCAGGAGGACGAGCCGGGCGCCUCGUCGCCCAAGCACCCCCGGGAGGUGAUGGACCCCCGGGAGGCGGCGCAGGCCAUCUUCGCCCCCAUGGCCCGGGCCAUGCAGAAGUACCUGCGCACCACCCGCCAGCAGCCCUACCACAGCAUGGAGAGCAUCCUCACACACCUGCAGUUCUGCAUCACACACAACAUGACCCCCAAGGCCUUCCUGGAGCGCUACCUCAGCCCAGGCCCCACCAUGCAGUACCAGCGGGAGAACGGCAGAGGGCGCCAGUGGACCCUGGUGAGCGAGGAGCCGGUGACCUCCGCUCUGCGCCAGGGCCUCGUCUUCUCCCUGCGACGCCUCGAUUUCUCCCUGGUCGUCACGGUGACGCCUCUCCCCUUCCUGCGUAUGGGGGAGGAGUUCAUCGACCCCAAGAGCCACAAGUUUGUCAUGAGGCUGCAGUCUGAGACCUCCGUUUAGAGGCCAGGGCAGGGGAUGUGACCCAAUUGUUUGGUUUUUAUGUUUUUUCUAAUGUUAUUUUUUUGGAUGUGUCAGGUGGAAGCACCGUCACGCACCAUCUCAGACUUGCUUCUGUCAGUCAAAUGUAGAGAAAGAAAGGAACUAAAUCGAUAAAGGCUGUUUGGGAUCAUUCAGAUAUCAAGGAGACCACCGUCAUAGAUGUUUUGAAUAUCAAACUGCGAUAAGCUACGACUUUACAAACCCGGAAAUGGAGUCCUUGAUUUGUGUUAUGUCUAAAUGACAUGCUGUUUAAAAAAAGAAAAAAAAACUUUUCUAAAGGCCGGUGUCGUUUUACAUGAAUUCCAACAUUGUUUUAAAUCUUUUAACUGUAACCACUGGAACCCGUGUUGUAUGGAAUGCAUGACUCCUCCACUGGGGGCUGAUUGCUUCACUUCUUAGUUCCACUUCCUGAUGUCUCAUGGAUGGAUCAAUCGGAGCACAACAUUUAGUCGGAACUGCAGACUUUACAAUUUUUCCAUCUAGACUAUUACCAGUCUAUGCUUGUAUUUAGUUCUGGAUAAGGAGAUGAUAAAGACUGUUCUUUUCUUUCAAAUCUAGAGGUGUGACAAUUGUUUGUUUUGUUUUUUUUCACAAUGUACAUGUAUUGAGUUACCAUGGUAUCUCUUGUUGCCCUCUAUUUGCAAAAGAAGGAAGCACAUUCUGGAACAGAAACCUUGUGGCUUUGAAUCAUCGUAGGUUGUCUACAUUGUGUGACUCUUGGUUUAGUCCACUCUGACAAUGUACAGUAUAUUAACUUUGAUAGGAGGAUAAGUCAUAGGACUGCAUUGCAUUCUGGUAGUAUCCCUGUGCUAUCCCAAUGGUAUUUCCCCCUCUCAAUCCCUCAUCCCUCUGUUUCUUUAAAAAGACUGCUCUGACCAAGGACGUGUGAUUGUAUUCCUCCACUGCAGGUCCCGCUGCAGUCGUAGUUGCACGACUAAAACAAGCACAGUGUCAUUUCUGCCUCCAUCAGAUAGCCUUACUCAUAUGUAAAUAACACCCUAGAGCUAAACACGGUCACUGUUCAAAGCUCUGUUUAUGAACUCUGGAAACAAACCACUACUCUGACCACUAAACCUCUCCAUGGAUCAGACCAAGGUGUACUGUAACUUGAAUGUUGGUGUUGAGACUUACCGGCCUGAAUUGUGUCGGCUUGUUAUUUUCUGAUCCACCACAUGUCCGUCAGCCAGUUUCUUGUGUUCACCAAUUUGCAGUUGAGCUGAAAUCCAGUAGCGUACGUGCCUGUUUGAGGACCACCAGUGAAACUAAAAGUCCAGAACUGGCAUUGACAUGAACAUGUCCAAAUGAAAUAAUGCAAAUGAUUGUCUUUCCAGUUUUUAUAUGCAUGCAAAAAUGUGGGGUUUAAAAGUACCUUUUUAUACAAGCUUGUUUUUUUCUAUCAUUUUUACAGUGCCUAAGUUAUGAUGCAAUUUCCAGAAAGUUUUUGUUUAUCUUGGAACGGAGGUGGGGCUUGUACAAAGAUUUGUAGAUUCGACAUUAUCUGGUAACUGUAGCUCGUAUAGUAUGCUAGACAUUUUGAAUGAUUAAACCAUCUUCCUGUG